UCUAGUGGCUUCUGAGUCUCAAGGAAUCAUAAUACUUGACUAUUAUUGAAAUAUUUAUUUUAUUGUGAAAUGUGUCAUACAUACGGAGGAGUAGAUUAAUCAGGUACAUUUUAAAGAGUAACAAAGACGAAUAGCUGUGUACUGAUGACCCAGGUUAAGAAUCAGAAACAUGAGGCGCUGGGUUGCCGCCGCCGCCGCUGCCGCCAUCGUGCCAGCCCCUCGGGUCUCAACGAGGCCGGGUGACGCUCCAGAAUGGGAGACAAGCCAAUUUGGGAGCAGAUUGGAUCCAGCUUCAUUCAACAUUACUACCAGUUAUUUGAUAACGACAGAACCCAACUAGGCGCAAUUUAUAUUGACGCAUCAUGCCUUACGUGGGAAGGACAGCAGUUCCAGGGGAAAGCUGCCAUUGUGGAGAAGUUGUCUAGCCUUCCGUUCCAGAAAAUCCAGCACAGCAUCACGGCACAGGACCAUCAGCCCACGCCAGAUAGCUGCAUCAUCAGCAUGGUUGUGGGCCAGCUCAAGGCUGAUGAAGACCCCAUCAUGGGGUUCCACCAGAUGUUCCUAUUAAAGAACAUCAACGAUGCUUGGGUUUGCACCAAUGACAUGUUCAGGCUUGCCCUGCACAACUUUGGCUGACCUCCUCCCAGCCAGGCACUCAUGCUUUUUCCUCCUCCCUCCUCUUCCUGAUACUAUUCACACUCCUCCAGAUGCCCCAAAUAUCAUACACAAACGAGCAGGGCCGCGGCGGGAGCGGGCGCAGUGCGCUGCUACCGAGGUAUUGUGCAUGAUGUUUGGAUGCUAGACUAGUUGCAUCUGACAGGAGAAGUUUGUGUUGUACCAGCGCAUGCCUUGGAAAGACUUAAGUAAUGCAAAAGGUUGUCUUUUUUUUUUUUUUUUUUUUUUUUAAUCUACUGACAAGUUGCUCUAGUAACCCAAAGAAGUGAAGGAGAAAGCAGCUGCCUCACCGCCCAGAUAUUGAUUUGUUCGGAUGUUUCAAUGCCUCAUGAUACAAUAAAACCACAAAAUUUUCUUAACA